AAUUUGGGUGGUAUAUUUGUAAAUGCCGUCCUUUAUUUAUUCUCCAUUGCCUUCUUCCUAGCCGAACCCACUACCAAUGCUGCACUCCCUGUACUUCUUCCUCCUCUUCCCAUUGCUCCUUUCUUCAUCCCCCUCCCUCCCAUCUUCCGCUUCCCCUUCCGCUUCCCCUCUCCUCCCCUUCCUUCGAACACUUUCUCUCCCUCCACCGUGGAACGAAACUCUCCCUCCAUGCCGUUUGCCCGGCGUUUCGUGCACCACCGCAGGCGACAUCGUUGCCCUCAACCUCUCUGGCCUCAGCAUCUCCACGCCUCUGUCGGCCGCCGCACAACACCUCGUUCUUCUCCCCUCCCUCCGCUCUCUCGAUCUCUCCCUUAACCACCUCACCGGCAACAUUCCCUCUUCCCUCUUCCUCUCCCUUCGCCUUCGCUACCUCCACCUCGGCCAAAACUUCCUCAGCGGCCCCAUUCCCAAAGAAAUCUCCUUUUCCAUUGAUCUGGAGUACCUCUAUCUGUACAAGAAUUUACUCACCGGUGAUAUCCCGCCAGAGCUUACUCUCCUUCCGAAUCUCAGGUAUCUUUAUCUUAAUGAAAACAAUCUCACCGGGGGACUGCCGAAUUUUCCUUCUCAUUGCUCCGUCUCUGUGCUCUACCUCCAUUGGAACUUUCUCUCGGGCCCGAUUCCUACGAGUUUGUUCAACUGCCAUGAUCUAACCGAGCUUGUUCUCUCCUUUAAUCGUUUUGAAGGAUCGGUGCCUGACUUGUUUGAUGAAAUGUCCGGGCUCGAGCUUCUUUAUCUCGAUGACAAUGGUUUUGUGGGUGAAAUACCCAGGAGUUUGGGGAAGCUUGGGAAUUUGACCUCAGCGAUGCUUUCUAAGAAUCAUUUCAUUGGAAGCGUGCCUGGAGAGAUUGGAGGUUGCCGUGCACUGAAAUCCCUCAAUGUUUGGGGGAACCACCUCUCUGGGACGAUUCCAUCACAAUUAGGGAAGUUAGGCAGUCUGAAGUCUUUUAGUUUAGCAGAUAAUCAGCUCGUUGGUCCUCUGCCUGCGCAGAUUGGCAACUGCAGCUCUUUGGAAGAGCUUGAGCUCCAGGACAAUCUCAUUGCUGGUCCGAUUCCCUCAGAGCUCGCCAAGCUCAAGAACCUAAAAAAGCUCUGGCUUUUUAAUAAUCUGCUUGAGGGAACAAUACCUCCUGAGAUAGGGAAGUUGAGAGCUCUUUGGAAUUUGCAGCUUUAUAACAAUCGCUUGACGGGAACCAUUCCUUCAGAGAUUACUCAGCUGCAGAAACUUCAAUGCCUCUCACUAGCCCACAAUAAUCUCACUGGACAGCUGCCUUCGGACCUUGGGAGAAGCACUGAGAGUGGUUUGAUCAAGCUGGACUUGACAGGAAAUCAUUUCUAUGGCCCAAUUCCUUCUGGACUCUGCUCAGGUUGACCGGCACAAUACCUCCCCAACUGGCUAACUGCGUAGAGCUUCUUACGUUCAACAUCAGCCAGAAUCUUGUUUCAG